AUGCUCCCAGCCCGUGUUUUAAGAGCUGCUGCUCGUUCUGCCGCUGUUGCAUCCAUUGCCCGUUCAGCUCCUCGUGUUGCUCGUCCUGUCUUGGCCGCCAGAAGAUACGCUUCUGCCAAAGCUGCUCCAACCGAAGUCUCUUCGAUCUUGGAGGAGAAGAUCAGAGGUGUCUCUGAAGAGGCUAACUUGAACGAGACUGGAAGAGUCUUGUCCGUUGGGUAUGUAUCUACAUUUUUUUCCGAUCAGAAAGCUGAUUUUUCAGGGUGUCUUUUUGAGAUCGGUGAUGUCGGGCAAAAGAUUUUCAUCUGA